GUAAACAAAGAGAGUAACUCAUUGCAGAUAUGACGUUUUGAAAAAACGCUCAAGAAUUAAGUAAACGAUUUCUCAUCUGUUGUCCGUUCCCUUGUUCGUAGUCCUCCCUCAUGUUCCUGAUCUGUUUGGGCCACUGGCUUUCCGUUUCCUUGGCCGUCACGCUCGAUCCGCACAUAGUGUAGCAAGAGAAACAAAUGAAAAGACAAAAAAGAAAUGAAAAUAAAUGGACGUCUGCUAUCUUUGCCUAAAUUGAUGUUGCUUCUCAGUUUUGCACGACCCAGGGGGAACUUGGCCUUGAUCCCAAUGCUCUGUCACAGAUUUUGCGUGAUAUUCGUUAUGGAAUAUUCUUUGUUUGGGGGCCAUUCAUAAACAAUGUUGUUCGUUUUUUAAAACUUAACCCGUGAUACGUCUAAAAUUCAUUUUUAGUUUUUAUCACGUUACGUGACGCUCUUCCCCUAUUGUCAAUAUUCGAUAUCAUUUAUGAAUGGUCCCCUGGCGAUAUAUUUAGAGCAGACAAUCCCAUGAAAAAUAGGAUUGACGGGAUUUUAGUGCGCUUUUGGCGCCUUGUGUCACAUCUUCAUGUUUGUUAUACAUACUAAGAAUACCAAAGCAUGUGAUGACCGGAAGAUUAGAGAAGCAACUCCUCCCCUUCCCCCCAUAAUCAGGAAAUAAUAAUAAUAAAAUAAUGGGUCAUAAAAAGUGUUCAAGGAAUUAACGUGCAGUUGAUCGAUCCUUGCUAUCUGGAUCUACGUUAUCGAACAUACGGGAUGCAUGAACGAAGUCGGUCGAUCUGCCUUCGGUUUACCGAAGCAUUUCAAUGAUUCGAUUUUAACCUUCCGAUUAACGAUUUUCGCUAACGCGCUAUCAAUUUUUUUCGCAUUAUUAACAACUAGAACAAAAAAAAUCAUUGGGACAACUGUCCGAUAAAUAUACCGAUCAAAUAAACAAUUAACACAAAUUCCUUGAAAUUUUUACAUUUGAGUCUUAGCUUAGCUUACAACAUAUAUUAACGAAUCCACAAGUCAGGUUCCUCCAAACAACUCAAACGAGCUUGAACAUAUUUUGGUUGAAAAGUUGGAAUGAACCGUCCCUAUUGAGCAAAGACAACUUACAACAAAUGUGUUUGUGUACUAUGAUACACCAACAGGUGGUUGGUAACAGAACUAUGUACAGGCACGUGAGAAUGAAAUAACACAACAUAGGGAAUCGCAUCGCUAUGCCGUGCCGCCACAUAACCAUGGGUACGUUCAAGGGUAGCCGUUGGAUCAAUACCGAAACAUUUAGAUUUUUUUACUGGUUUCGAAUGCGGUGUGGUCAGACUCGAAUAGCGACACAACUGCUAAAAUGUCUACCCCAAAACCAAUUCUCAACGUCGAAAGCUUGGCUUUGACCAAUAAAAAGAUUGGCGAGUUGAAAAAGAAGGUGACAUUAGCUGAGGGCCAAAAAAAGGCGUACACCGAAGAAUGGGCGGAUGCGAAAAAAGUCCAGAACGAUAAAGUAACCGAGCUGAAGAAAGAUGUACGCGAUUUGACCAACAAACUGUCAUACCUACAUAAUCCGAAUAGCUUGAAAGCGCAAAAGAAUCUACAGGAAAUCAAGCGUCGGACGCAGCUACCACCCGGAGCUAAAACGAUUCAGGAGGCCGUACAAGUGCUAGAUCUGAAAAUAAUCGACGUAAACAAGCAGGCGGAUGUCGUUGAGGCGAAACACAAGAAGCGCGAACAAUGCUACAAAAAGUUGGUCGAUCAAUACCACGCACUGAUGGCAUACAAAAAUUCCAAAAGCGAUGGAUCAAACCCUUCGGAAACGGUCGAGGAGGAUGCCAACAGGAAACUCAUAACUCACUUGGAGAACGAGAUUCACCGAACCUCCGUCCAAUGGAUGGAAGCGGAGCAUAUCAGAAAGAAGUACCGUGGAAUAAAAUCCUCUCUGAUGAGAGAUGCGGAAAGAUUUGAAAGUUCUUUGUUGGAUUUGGAGGUUGCUAUUACGGAACAGCAAGCAGAAAUCACUAAACUAGAGGCAGUUCACAAGGAAGCGAUGCAAAUGCGGGACAGUACUAAGGCGAUUCUACAGCGACAGGAACAAACGACAGUUUACGCAAACAAAGCAAGAGAAAAGCAGGCUCUCGACUUCCGGCGUCAGGUUGAGGAACGUAAGCUGGAGCUAGAACGUCUGGAGCGGAAGAUUUUCUCCACCGGUAAAACGUUGAUUCAUCAGGAGAGUAUUUUGUCUGCUUCCGGGGAUCAUGCUGCCGGGAGAGGCGAAGGAGAUGAGCCGGGUGGGCACGAUAAGGAAUCUGCAACGGAUAUGGAGCAAAAGUUUAAGAAGCUGAUGCAGGCUAUCGGGGUCAGCGCGGCUAGUGAAGUUGUCGAUCGUUUCCUGGCGCAACGGGAGGCCUCGGCCCGUCUGACGUACCUUCGCUCGAUUACUGAGAACGAGAAGAAACAAUUGGAAGCCCAACGGGAGCUAAUGACUGCCCAAUUGGAUGCGUUUAAGUUUGCCGAUGUCAAGGACAGUGAUGUCAAUCAAGAGGAACUGGAAAAGAUUAGAAACUCGAUCGAGGAACAAAAGGCUCGCCGGGAGGAGUGUGAGAAAGCGAUUGACUACACGAGAAACGUAUUCAAUACAAUUAAAGACGCAUUGGUUGAACUGUUAAUAACGCUGCGAGAAAUUGAUGAUAAUCUGGGAGCCGACUACUUACGAUGGACUCCCACAAAACAGGCAAAUUUAAUGGACCUUUCGCCUGAGAAUAUUUCCGUUGAUGACUUGGGCAACAUGUUGGAAGACAAAAUAAAACUCGGCAUGAUCGCCAGUGGACAACUGGCGGCAAACGACGACGAGGACGGUGACAGUGGAUUAUCUGAGGAAGAAGUUGAAUUACCAAGACCGACCAGUUCAUUGCAGAUACCGGCGUCUACUCCUUCGGUGGGAACAUCAUCUAUGCAAGACGACCGUGAAAAACCACCCGCCUAUCCCCCGGUCUACGUUAAUCUGAUUGCCGGUCGGACAACCGCGCAGAUUUCAUCGGCCUCACCCGGACCGGGAGCUACGGUGGUUCUGUCGGAUGACGAAGCAGAAGUUCCGUCUCGAAGCUAUCUGAAACGACAAGCUAAUAUGAUCAUCGAGGCAAAAUCUAGACGUAAGGGCUUUAGAAUGCCACCGCCGAAGAGGCGUUAAGAUCCGCCAUUGGUGGAUGGGAACCUUUAUUGGUUAUUUAAAGUCCUGAAACUACAUGAAAAUAUAUAAGAACGAA